AUGACAACUCUUAGAACCAACCAAACUGGAGAUAUCGUGGCUGAGCUGGACUUUCAUGAGAGUUUCCACUGUCUUGCACUUUCUCACUUUCUAUUUCCUAGCCUUAAGGUUGUUGUUGAUGUGGGUGUGUCCAGAGAAAAAAUCCAAGAGGAGAUCAUUAAUCAGGGCCCCAGUCGACUUGUUCCCGAGGAGCCAGAGAAGAAGAACAAACUGCAUGAAACCAAGUCGCUGCUGAAGCAGUUUAGCCAGAUGAACCUCCCCCCAGACACCCGCCCUUUGAACAAGAGUUUCAUCCACGACGACAAGUGGAAGACAACGGAUUCGGAUCAGGAGAGACGCCGGUCUCUCCUUCAUGACUUCUGCCGGAAACACGGAAGUGGCAACCAUCUCCGAACCCACCUGACCCACCUGGUGUCCAGGAUCUAUGUGGAAGAUCGGCACAAAAUCUUGUACUGUGAGGUGCCGAAGGCAGGCUGCUCCAACUGGAAAAGGAUCCUGAUGGUCCUCAACGGAUUAGCCUCGUCGGCAUACGACAUUACCCACGAUGCCGUGCACUACGGAAAAUACUUGAAAAAGUUAGACAGCUUUGACUUAAAGGGUAUCUACACUCGUCUAAACACCUACACCAAAGCCGUGUUUGUUCGCGACCCCAUGGAGAGGUUGGUGUCUGCCUUCAGAGAUAAGUUCGAACACCCAAACAGCUACUACCACCCGGUUUUUGGAAAGGCCAUCAUUAAGAAAUAUCGGCCCAAUGUCUGUGGAGAGGCGCUGAAUAAUGGUUCAGGAGUCAAAUUCCAAGAAUUUAUACACUACCUCCUAGACGCCCAGCGUCCGGUGGGUAUGGACAUCCACUGGGAGCAAGUCAGCAAACUCUGCUAUCCCUGCCUGAUCAAUUAUGACUUUGUGGGGAAAUUUGAAACUCUGGAGCAGGAUGCCAAUUACUUUUUGCAGCUGAUAGGCGCCCCGAAAGAGCUGAAGUUUCCCAACUUUAAAGACAGGCACUCUUCGGACGAAAGGACUAAUGCAGGAGUCGUGAGGCAAUAUUUAAGGGAGCUGUCUAGUUCCGAGAGGCAGUUGACCUAUGAUUUCUAUUACCUGGACUACUUAAUGUUUAACUACACAGCUCCAUCUCUGUAGUAAGCAUCCGUUUCUGGAAACCCAUGCGACAACCUGUCAUGUGCAGGGAACGUGUCUAUCAACUCCGUUGUACUCUCCCAAGCGCUUAGUAUGGUGCUCUGUACGCUGUAAGUGCUCAGUAAAUGCCACCGAUGAUGAUAAUACCGACAUCAAAUCUGUAUGGAAAACCUCACCUUGAUUCUCGGUAAGGGAGAAAUGGGACAGCUUGGUUCAGGUGUCUUGACAAUUGGGGAUGUUAUGAAAUAAUGCAGUUUAGUCGGCCCAAAAUGUAAGGAAGAUGUAACAGAAAUGAGACAUAUAAACCACUUAAAUGACCUUAGUAUGUCUGGCAUUAUGGAUUAUAGUGUGGAAAAAAAUCAACAGUCCUAGCUGUUGCAUUAGUCCUUGUGAUGGUUUGACAAAGCAGCUGCAAUAGCAUGGUUUUUUCAAGAACUAGGAAUUCAUUGUCCAAUGUGCAUGGGUGUAUUUUUUACAGUCGGUGGCAUAUU